AUGAAUUCGAGCACGGCUUUGUGGAUGGUAUUUUUGACCGUGUUAUCGACUGCAGAAGCCCUAGUCACAAAUGAAGACAUACGAACAGCAAUCUUGCAAAUGGUGAACGUAGUAAGAUCGACUGAUGAUAAGCUAGAAAGGCACGAAUACCGCGACAGAAUUGUAGGCGAGCAGCUGAAGAAAGGCAUGAUAAACAUAGACAAGAGAAUAAAGAUGCUGGAUCCAUUGAAGGGCACCGUAGGCAGGUUGGACGAGAGGCUGGCAGCGGUGGAGACCAUCCUCAUGCAGAAAAACGAAAGGGAGAAAAUGCAAUUGCAACGCACCUACGAAGCCGUUAUCGAUAUACAGAAGAACCUGCCAGUUAUUAUGGAGGAGCUCAAAAAUGAUAUCAUAGCUAAAGUAAGUACCCACGAACCUCCAGCGCAAAUAAUCGAGCCCGUCAUAUCCAAAAAGGACUUCGAGAAAUUAGAAAAGGAAGUAGUUUCGAAAAUCGACCGAGUCUCCAACACCAUCAGCAAGCUGGAAAGCGAGUUGUCCAAAAUGAAAAACGACAGCAAGCAGAUGAAAGAUUUGCACAACAAAUCCUCGGAUAAUCUCGAGAAGCUCAAGAGGCACAUAAGCGACAAUCAACAGUUGCUCAGUAAAUACGACAAAAAACUGUCCGAGUACAACAACAAAAUCCCGGAAAUCGCCAAAAUCCAAUCCAAGGACGCGGAUGAGUGGAAGCGCGACAUGCUGGAGUCCUUGGCAGGGCAAAAAACUGGCGUUAAGGAAGUUCUAACGCACCUGAACGAGCUGAGCAGUAAAGUCGAUAGAUUACCGCAGAAAGUGGACUCUUCCUUAGGGGUAAUCAGGAACAUCGUUAGCGAUAAUUUGAAUGCCACUUACGAUAAUCUCACGAACGAAUUGAACGGUAUACUCAACGCUGUAACAAACACUCGGUUCGCUAUCGAUGGACAGAACACGAACGUAAUGGAAGUGUUACAGAACGUGCGAAACAUAAGAAUCGAUAAGCUACCAAGUAAAGAGGACCUCUCUAUUGCCCAACGGGACAUUCUAAGAAAACUGGAUGAAGCGAGAAUAAGCCCCGCCAUAGACGAGAUUCGUCGACUUUUAUACAACAUCGACAACAAAACUAGCCAUUCAGGCGACUAUUCCGGUACAGUACUAUCGAACAUUCAAGCCCAAAUCAGCAGCCUGCCGCAGAAACACGACCUCGCCUCCGUGGAGAAUUCCACGCUGGCCAAGCUGGAGCCGCUGGCGAGGGAAAUUCGCUUGGCCGGCGAAACCUCCAAGAAAAACCACGAGGACACGUCGAGGAACCUCAACGAUUUGUCCGAAAUCAUCCGAUCCAUAGCCGACAGCUUCGCCACGAACAUCAAGAAAAUGCGAACGGACGUCCAGGCGCUCACCAAAGUCGACCAAGUGAUGAUCAAAACCGCCGACGACGUCCUCGACACGAAGAGGCGCCUCGAGUACGGCGUGCACCAGAUCCUCGACGAACUGGCCAAGCAAAUCAAGAAGAGCGCCGAGCACAUCAACCAAGGGCUCAGCGACAGGUUCGAUUUGUUCGAGGCGAGCAUCCUCGACGAAGACACCGGCGCGCUGGCGAAUCUAACGUCGAAGAUCGGCGAGGACAUCCACCAGGUGUGGAGGCAGAUCGGCAUAAUGUACCAGCAGAUCAGCAGCAGCUCGGACACGUUGAACCACCUGCAGAACAUCACGGACAGCUACGUCAACGGGUCGCUGGGCGCCAUGGACAGCAUGAAGGGCAAGGUGGGCCAGAUCAACGGCCGGAUGACCGAGGUGGACGAGAAUCUGAACUACUUGUUGGGCCGGUUGUCGCUGGUCACGCAGGAGUUCAAUCGGAUCAAGACCGGAUUGGGGACCGCCUUGGAUCAAAUCAGGGAUAGUUUUCACACUGUGCAGAGUAAGAUCGAAAAUACGGGACCGGGGCCGCACAAAAUAUCGAGCAUCGAAGCGGCAACGUACAAGUAG